CAGUCAAUUUAAACGUUUGAAAUCGCUGGCCAAAAGUAUUUAUGAUAGUGUUUAAAUUCUCUGUAUCACGUUGAAACUUAUUUCGGAGACGUACAAUACCGGCUGUUACAGAUUGUCAAGUCAAGUCAAAUACUAGCAGGAGCCAGGUAAUUAAGCUGUUCUGGCAUCGCUUGAAACGAACGAUUGGACUUAUACCUACUUAUACUCGACCUGCACGGUUUAUCAGUCACCAGUUGGUUGGGUGAUGUUACGGACAUUGAUAUUAAUGCAAUGCAAGCUGAAAUGCAAGCUAGGGGGAGAGAAACUGUGGAUCGAGCGAUAAAGGCGAAUAACAAAGCGAAAGAAGAUUAUUUUGGUGGAUUUGUUAACAAUCCGGAAGAAUUCGUAUUCACUAUGGCAGAGAGAAAAUGUAUCCAAGCUAUAAUCGCAGCUGUAAAACGACAUGGAAUCCAUCACUUCAAUGGAAUGAACGAUUAACCUGUAGAAAUUGGCAGCUAUUGAUAACCCUACAGAGAAGGCUGUGUUAGCUAACAGAAUAGUAAACUACUACAAUAAGUAAAAUCUGUUUAAAACUUGUCUUUCACGGCACUCCCUGACCAACCUGACGAUUCGGUGCAUAGCAUGUUCGGGUGGAAAUUUGUUAGCAUUCAUCACGUGUCCGGUUUGUGAAACGGAUGUUAAAGUUGUGAGAUAUCCGUCUCGUUCAUGGCCGGUGUCGAAUUUCCCUCAACACAUAAACACACACAAAAGGAGGUUACGGAAUUUGCAGAGCAGAGAACAUCACGAUUUCUCGUCAAUAACGGAAAAUGUGUUAUGUGCGUUGUUAGAACUACCUGAGAUUAGCGAAAAGAUGUCAGUAGCAACAGGAACAAACAGCAUGUUUGCCGGUCAAUUUUGCUUCAGAUCGCAAUGGCCAAAACUGCAUGGAAAUCGAGCAACUGACUUCAGAAUCAAUGGAUUGUGAUGUGCUUUCGGGUUCAGAAUCAGAAGAAACGCCUGUUCAAGACUUCGACCAGGAAAACUAAGGGAAUGGGACGAUAAGGCCGAUCGUUCCAUUUCAUUUCGAAUGGCCAAUCAACCUCUGUUAAGCAAGCAUAUUACUGUCCAUAUCAGCAACAAGAAUAGAAAAAAAUGUGGCGAAAAGUAUACCAAUGUACAAAAAGAUAUAUCUACUUACGAAUUCAUAUCGACUGGUAACUCAUGUCAUGCAUUUAAAAAGGCCAACAGGCACAUUGCUGGUCGUAGUACGAUUUUGCGUCAUAUUUCUGCUAGCACCAGAAAUGUGCAAGAAGGUAUUAAUAUAUAAGUGAACAGUACUAGGAACAAUAUUGUAAUUGCAUACGUUUGUUCGAAAAAAUAGGCACAGUUGAUGUAACUCGUUUAAAAAACUACAUAAUGCAGAAUAACUAUCCAUCAGUAGUUAUGUUGAUGGAAGAUGCCACGCGGAUUUUACAGCAGGCACAAUACGAUGCAAUAGUGUAUCGGACACUAACAGGAUGUGUUUCUCCAUUAAUUGAAAACGAAAUUCCAGUUCAUCGCUACUUCGAUGCCUCAGAUGCAUACGUAGUAGCAAACCAUUUGAAAGAUUGUAUAUUAGCGGACACAGCGUACGUUCAACUGGCAUUACCAAUGGCUGUAGGCGCAGCACCAUUCGUUUUGUAUUACUGUGGAACUGAUAACAUCUUUCGAUUUACUGAUGUUGUGAAUCGAUGGAAAUAUACCGAAAAACUAUUGGGAACUGAAGGUAUAGACGUCAUUGGUUACAGCUCCGACGGCGAUCCUAAACUAGUCAAGGCUAUGGUUUCACGGACAGUUUUUUUACCAUGUAUGGAAAUAUCAAGAUGGGGUCGGUGGUUUAUUGUAAAUAAUGAACACAUGCCAGUUUAUAUACAGGAUUCUAUCCAUCUGAUUAACAAAAUUCGAAACCGAAUUUUGAAAGCAGAUAUGAUGAUUGGUAAUUUCAAUAUUUCUAAAACUCACUUGAAUGACCUAUUGGUGCACUCAAAGGACAAACACGGUCUGACAGUCAAAGAUCUCAAACCACAAGAUAAGAUGAAAUUCACUCCUACAGAAAAAAUCAUGAAUGAGGAGUUGGUUAAAUUUAUGGAGGCAAACGUACCUGAAUGCGAUGGUACAGCCACGAUAUUGAGAUGUAUGCAAAAUAUUCAUGAAGUUUUUUCAAAUGUCAAUCUUUCGCCAUUAGAAAGAAUUUUCAAAUUGUGGUAUGUACUAUUUCUUGUUCGUGGCUGGAGAAAUUGGAUCAAAUUAUGAAAAACAAAAUGGAAUUCAAAUUAAUGCAAGUAAAACCGUGAAUAUUGAAGAAUAUUAAAGAUUGUUCUUUUAUUUUUUACCUGACUAAAGAAAACAAAAAUAUGUAAACAUCAGCUGUUAAAUGACAGCUCGGGGAUCUGAACGCACACAUUCACACAGAUCUACACACUACGCGAAAUAUAUUGCAUUUCUAAGUUGAUGAGUGAAAAAUGCAUUUAAUUUUGUUGAUUUAUUCAAUGCAGCACAAGUGAUCUGCCCCUAGAUCUUGAUUAUUUUUAUCAUCGUUAAUUUCAAUUAUUUCGUCAGAUUUUUGUCUUUCUCAAUAGAAAGGUAUUGCAAUUACUCUGAAAAUCGACUUUCUUCACUUUUAGAAAUAAGCAGCAACUCUGUAGUAUCCCAAU